CAACAUCUUGACACGAUUAACGAUUUUCCAACUAAAACCCAUUAGUCCAAAGUGCCAUAAUUUGGUAAAAACUGGGGAUGUGAUUUAACUCAAAAGGCGAGUACAACUCCUCAUUUAAAGAGGGAGCAAAAAAGCAGAUUGUCAGCAUUGGCGUGCAUAUCAUAGCAGAUUGGGCUCUCGGGGUCUUCAUCCUAAUCACUACGACGCCCUCUCUCAAUCUCAAUCUCUGCAAAAUACAACUCAAAAUGAUUUCACCCCACACAACAUAAAAUCAAAACAAAAAGAUUACAACUUGAAAGCAGUAUUUCAUCUUUUCUUUAGUCGUCCUUUUCCCCAAGAUUAGGGUUUUGAGAUUAAAGAAAAAAAGAAAGAAAGAAAAAGGGUAAAGAUUCUGAAGAAAGAAAGAGUAGUGACUCUGUGGGAUUCUUUACGAAACUGGGGUUUCUCGAUCUUCAACGGUUCUACGGUGUUAAAAUUUGGGGAUGUGGAUGAUCUUCACUUGCUUUGAGCUGAAAACAAGAUAAAACAAGUUUUGAAGAGAAGCUACACAAGAUGAAGUUCAUGAAACUUGGAUCCAAACCCGAUUCGUUUCAGACUGACGACAACAAUAUUUGGUAUGUGGCUUCUGAAUUGGCAACAGAUAUUGUCAUCAAUAUAGGAGAUGCAAAGUUCUAUCUACAUAAGUUUCCUUUGUUAUCAAAAAGUGGUCGUUUACAGAAGCUAGUAGCAAACACCAAUGGUGGCAUUGGGGACGAAAUCGUCAUUCAUGACAUCCCCGGUGGGCCCGCUGCAUUUGAAAUAUGUGCCAAGUUUUGUUACGGAAUGACAGUAACCUUAAACGCAUACAAUGUUGUCACUGCUCGAUGUGCAGCCGAUUACCUCGAAAUGCAUGAAACAAUGGAGAAAGGAAACCUGAUUUACAAAAUCGAUGUGUUUUUAAACUCGAGCAUUUUCAGAAGCUGGAAAGAUUCAAUCAUAGUACUCCAAACAACAAAAUCAAUGAUGAUGUUGGCUGAAGAACUAAAGCUAGUCAACCAUUGCAUUGAGUCAAUAGCUUCAAAGGUAUCAGUUGAUGUUUCAAAGGUUGACUGGUCGUAUACUUAUAACCGAAAGAAGCUUCCGGAAGAAAACGAUAACCGAAUGUUAACCGGAGGUCUUAGGACAAUAACUGUCCCAACCGAUUGGUGGGUGGAGGAUCUUGCUGAGCUGGAACUCGAUUUAUACAAAAGGGUUCUUGUUCAUAUAAAAAACCGGGGUUUAGUACAUGAUGAAGUGAUUGGUGAAGCUUUAAAAGCUUUUGCUUCUAGAAGAUUACCCGGGUUUAACAAAGGGGUGAUACCCAGUGGCGAUUUGGUAAAAACUCGAUCGAUAGUCGACACGAUUGUAUGGCUUUUACCAUCUGAAAAAGGCGCGGUUUCUUGUGGUUUCUUGCUUAAGCUGUUGAAAAUGGUGAUUUUGGUUGAUUCGGGUGAAAUGGUGAAGAUGGAUUUGGUCAAAAAGAUUGGUCAACAACUUGAGGAGGCUUCGGUUCAUGAUCUAUUGAUUCGGGCUAAAGAAGGUGGGAUUGAUCCCACCAUUUAUGAUGUGAAAACGGUUCAGAAAAUAGUUGAAGAGUUUAUGGUUCGUGAUCAAGAUCGAAAUGGGGAAUUUGAAGCAGAUGGAAAUGAGAUUCAAGAAGUGAGGAGAUCAACUGGAGGGAUAUUAUCAGAAGCUUCAAAAUUAAUGGUUGCUAAACUUGUUGAUUCUUACCUUGCUGAGGUGGCAAAGGACCCGAAUUUACCUUUAUCGAUGUUUGUCGAACUUGCUGAAACAGUUUCGGUUUUUUCAAGACCGGCUCAUGAUGGUAUUUAUCGCGCCAUUGAUAUGUAUCUCAAGGCGCACCCUGGGAUUAGUAAAAGUGAGAGGAAGAGAAUCUGUAGGUUGAUGGACUGCAAGAAGCUUUCAGUGGAAGCAUGCAUGCACGCGGUUCAAAACGAGCGGCUGCCGCUGCGCGUGGUGGUGCAAGUCCUGUUUUUCGAGCAAGUCCGGGCGGCAGCUUCCUCCGGGAGCAGCACACCGGACCUCCCGAAAGCAAUCAAAGAUCUGAACAGCACCUCCCAUGGGAGCUCAAGGUCAACCAACACCAACACAGAAGAAGAUUGGGAUGCAGUUGCUACAACUGAAGAACUUAAAGCUUUAAGGGGUGAGCUGGCAUCCCUGAGACUUGAAAGAAACGGUGGUGGACAUGCAAAGAGCCCUUUAGCUGAUAGGAGUUCUGUUCAUAAGUUGAAAGGUUUGGUUGCAACUAAGAGGAUUUUGACUAAAAUAUGGUCGAGUAAAGGUGGUGGGACAGGGGAGAAUAGUGGGUCGGAUUCUUCUGGAAGUCUUGGGUCGGGAAAUCGGGAUGAACAUGUGAAAAUGGUAUCCACUCCUUCGAGAAAAGGGCGACAUUCGGUGUCUUGAUGAUUUGAUUUUUAUAAUGUUUUUGUUAAUGGGGGAUAUUGAUAAAAGAAGGUAAGGUAGAUGAUGAGUUGGUGAUGGUGUAUGUGUUUUUUUUUUUUUUUACGUUAGGGGAUAUCAUAAGCUGUUGUAGUAACUAGUAAGAAACUAAGAAUCUCUGAAA